UUCUGCACCUUCCGUGGUCUUACCCUAAAGUGCCGCAGUCACCCUUCCCGAUUCCCAUCCUACAAGGGCAUCCUAACCACAGCCCAGCAACGCAAUGAAGUAGUGGUUACCGGUAUCCAGCCCACCGGCAUACCCCACCUGGGAAACUAUUUGGGCAUGAUAAAGCCCGUCGUAAAAUUACAGUCGUCCGAUUCCAUUUCACGAAUAAUUAUCCUCAUUGCUGACCUGCAUGCCCUCACCUGUCAUCAGCCAGCUCUUCAACUGAAUGCCUCGAUUAUAAACCUGGCUGCCGCGCUCUUAUCCUGUGGCUUAGAUCCAAUGGAGAGCGUCGCCUCUUCCCAAGCCAAGAAAACCGUUCUCUUCUUGCAGUCUUCUGUUCCUGAACACUGUGUGCUGUCGUGGCUUUUAUCCUCUACGUGCUCAGUAAAUGUACGUGUUGACCAUCUUUUUGUAAAUUAUGUUUUGGAUGGCACCCGCGCCCCCUUCCACGGACCAGUAGAAAACAUUCUGCAAAAUACGCGCGUAACUUCAGUGGCCCUGCUCGAGAGUACUGAUUGUGUAGUGAGGACCUAA